AGCUCCACUUUUCAUAUUACGGUAAUACGCCAUGUGAUUCUGGGUAAAGGGUCGUCUUCCGGUGUGAAGACAGUAAAGUAUUUCCGGAAACAUGGAGGCUGUUGUGAGUGAAGUCGUUGCUCCUGAGGACCUGUCGAAAUUUAAGAAGAAGUACGAUGGGGAAUUGGCUAAGGGGAGCGUGUCCAAGGAAACAAAGUUUGAGUAUGCUUGGUGUCUUAUUCGGAGCAAGUACUCUGAGGACAUCAAGAAAGGAAUAGUGAUGCUGGAGGAACUGGUUCAGAAGAGCUCAAAGGAUGACCAAAGAGACUUCUUAUUCUAUCUAUCUGUUGCAAACUACAGACUAAAGGAUUAUGAAAAGGCUCUGAAGUAUAUCCGUACUCUGCUCAGAAAUGAACCAGGGAACACGCAGGCCCUGGAGCUGGAGAAACUCAUUGACAAAGCCCUGAAGAAAGAUGGAUUGGUUGGAAUGGCGAUCGUCGGAGGAAUUGGCCUGGGCGUGGCUGGUUUGGCUGGCCUCAUCGGUUUGGCUGUGGCAAAGACCAAAUCCUAAUAAGAAGUGGGGAGGUGUCUGGCUUUGUUAAUUCUUCCCUUCUACAGAAGACUGUAAUGCCUCCUUGAAACCUUCCUGCAAUUACAAAUUCAGACUGGACCAGGGUCAGUUCAUAUAAGACCAGUUUGAUACAGUUUGAAUGCUUAGCUCAUCCCAACUAAAUUGUUUUUUCCUCACAAUGUUGAAGUUCAUUUCGUGUUAAAAACUAAAAAAACUGGGAGUGGCAUUUAAUGAUACAGAGAUUUAUGAGACUUUGUUUUAAAGUAUGUUAAUGGUUUAUGUUUGCUGUCCAGCCUACAUUUUUCAAUUUCAAUUGAAUUUAAAUAAAUUUAUAAUCUUUUGGGGCACACAUUCAUGGCAGCCAUAUUAUAAAUGUGUUACGUUUUCAGAGUUUAGUGUUAUCAUCACCCCCCUGGGUGGCUGAAAUACAAUAACAUUGCCAUCAAUUGUCUACACCUUGUUUAAAGUAAAUAGAAAGCUUAUAGAAGUAAAUUUAUAUGAUAAGGUUGGUCAUUUAUAGUGUACUAAAAUGGUGAAAAGAAUAAAAAUUUCUAGUUGGUUGAGCUCUGAACUAAUUUAGCCAUUUUGGAAAAGAAAACAAUGAGGUUAAUUUAAGAUUCAUACAUUUGUUCUUAUUUUGUGAGUAACUCCUCCAAAUAUGACCCUCUUGUGUAUAACUGGGCCUGUUUCUCCUAACUUCGAGGCCUUGACUGUGGUGCGUAGCACAGACUAAAACUUUAACAGGAGCACUAAAAUUUGAGUGGGUCAUAUAGUUUGUUUGCAGUGGCUUAAUAUGCUGUCAGCAGGUGGUCAAACAUUGGCCAUGGAAAUAACACCUUCACCCAAGCCCUUAAACCCACAUGAGUUGUUUUUGCUACAUCACAUAUUUUAAGAUAAUAUUUAAUAAAAUCAGUGCCCAGACCAUGCCGUUCUCUGUUUUGCACAGUGCAAAAAAAAAAAAAAAGACAGCCAGACAGAUUUAUAAACUGAAUAUGCUAGGCUGUCUGAAUUGGCUCUUAAAUUGUCUACACAAACACCUGGUGUUAGGCAUACUUAUUGGAGUGGCAGAAGCCGGUAUGUAUGGCAACAGUGUCUUGUUGAUUAAUCAAACGGACCAUGAACAUUUAGGGCUAAUUAAUGGGUGUUCUGUUAUGCUAACAUGGCAUACACUACGCAUGAAUAUUAUGGUUACUGGUAGAAUUAAACUAUAACCCAUGUAUGCUGAAUUUAUAACUAUAGCUUUUGAAUGUACUCAUUAAAUGGUAGCAGAAAGUUUUGGGCAAAUUUCUAAACUUUUAUACAAGGGAUACAUUUGCUUCACUAGAAACGCGUGAAUUUUGUGUUUGCGAUAUGUAAGGUGUCUUCAUAAGUGUCAUUGGAAAUUUGAUUAUAUUAGUGUAGUUCUGUUCAGGUGUCCCGUUAUGUUAUGUGUAUUGAUCAGUCAGAGGUGAGUGCUUUGACUUUCCCAAAGUAAGAAAGCCCAGCCAAGCAAAAGUCUCAUACUUAAGAAGUGUUGGGGCCCCAUUGUAGACUGUCAGAUGUGCUUCGGGACACUCCUCUCUUUUUUUGAACACCCUGUCUUCCCCCAUUUGUUGCACAUUAGACUCAGUCUGAAAUUGACAUCAGCAGCUGCUGGAGAUCUUUUAACCAGCAAUCACAGGAACUCAAGUUGUUCCUCUUAGUUGCUUCACAGUUUCACUCAGUUGACACAGAUUAUUAUUAUUAUUUUUUUGUAGUUCAGAAUGUUUUGCAGCCAUUUGUUUUUGAGGAAAACCAGUAAAGUUGGAGAUGUAAGCAGCUUGGGUAUGUGGAUGUGUUUGAAGAGCCGCAAUGUGUUUGGUGUAGCCUGGGGUAGGAGACAUUAUUAAACAUUGAAUCAUUUUUCUUCUGGUCACCCCUAGUGCACAGUGAAUGAGAUUCCUGUGAAGAAGCUGUAUAUUAGUCUCCCAUGAGAAUGAUGUUCAAUGUUUGUUUCAAGGGAAUUACAUAAUUUGAAACAUUACUGUUUUCUUUUCAAAACUAUUCAUUUAGCAUAUUGUUUCAGAGCUUAUUUAUACCAUAGAUAGAAAGUUAUUUGAUUAUUGGAAUCCCACUACAUAUUGUAGAAGUCAAUUGAAAGUAAAGUGUGAAUACUAGCAGUGUCACAGCAGUGUGAUUGAUUUCUGCACCUUCGAAGGAUGAAGUGUGUUGCCAAAUGUAAGUUCCUGGAUAUUUGUUUGAUUUGUUUGUUUGUAAAUAAAUAUUUUAUGCACUAAA